AUGUCGAGAUCACGAGAGGCUAGCGGCGCCUCGACGCCCGCCGUCCCCAACACCACUUCCGUUCAGGUUGCUGUUCGCAUCCGUCCCGUCACCAACGCUGACCAGAGCAACAUCCCCCCAAGAUGGCAGAAGAACAUCCUCACUCCUUCCUCCACAAGCAGCGUCACUGUAGAGCCUGGCUCCGCACCACCAGCCGCGCCGGGCGCUGGCUCCUCUUCCGCAGUCUCUCGCGACAGGCGUCAGGCAUUCAGCUUUGACCGUGUCUUUUCGCCCGCAGACGGCCAGCAAGAGAUCUUCACUGUAGCAGAACCCUUGAUCGACCGCUUCAUGGAAGGCUAUAACGUCACCAUUCUCGCCUAUGGUCAAACCUCGAGUGGCAAAUCAUAUACCAUGGGAACCUCGGCCGGCGACGAGGUCGACUACGAAGGUCUCGUUAGUGGACGCACCGCCGAUCCACAGAUGGGCAUCAUCCCACGCGCCGUCGCUCGCAUCUUUUCCGCAAUGCGCAUCAACAAGGCUUCCGGCACUCAGUACAGUGCCAAGGUCAGCUUCAUCGAAAUCUACAACGAAGACCUCAUCGAUCUUCUUGGCGGCGCCGUCGAUGGUGAAGCCAGACCGCACGUUCAGAUCCGCGAAGGCAAGAAUGGCCAAAUCAUCUGGAGCGGCUUACGCGAAGUCAAGGUCGCCAACGUCGCCGAGGUUAUGAAUCAUCUCCUGCAGGGCAGCUCGGUGCGCAGAACCAACGAAACCGACAUGAAUGCCCAAUCGUCUCGAUCUCACGCCAUCUUCUCCAUCACGCUCACCCAAAAGAAGUGGGUUGGCUCGGGACCAGCGCCCAACUCUGCGGCCUCUUCCGCUUCCGGCAUGCGGGCCACGCCAGGUGGUGGACGAGUCUCGAGUCUCUCACGAGCCUCUGGCAUCCCUUUGGCAGGUCGCGUCGCUUCGCCUUCUUUCGGCCGCAGGACACCCAGUGGCAUUCCUGGCCUCGGCGGACGGGCUUCUUCUAUCGGGCUCCGGCCAGCAAGCACUUAUGGUGACGCUGGCGACGACUCCGUGAGCAGCUCAGCAGGAGACGGCGAGUGGGUAACCGUCUCGAGCAAGUUCCACUUUGUCGACCUUGCCGGCUCUGAACGUCUCAAGCGCACGGCAGCACAAGGCGACCGUGUCAAGGAGGGCAUCUCGAUCAACUCGGGUCUGCAUGCACUUGGAAACGUCAUCUCGGCACUAGGUGAUCCGGCCAAGGCAAAGCGCGCUACCCACAUUCCGUACCGUGACAGCAAGCUCACUCGACUACUGCAGGACAGUCUCGGCGGCAAUGCUCACACGCUCAUGAUCGCUUGUGUCUCGCCUACCGAGUACAACGUCAGCGAGACGGUCAACACGCUCCAAUAUGCCAAUCGUGCACGCAACAUCAAAAACAAGGCCGAACUCAACGAAGUCGAAGUGGGCUGGGACGACGUCGACUACCUCCAGACACUCGUCCAGCGUCUACGCAAGGAGCUCAGCAUCAUCAAAGGCGUCGGCAAGGGCUCCGUCGAUCUCGACGAUCCUCGCAACAAGGAUGCCACUCGCACCACUCAGCGCGAGAUCCUCGCCUGGCAGGACAAGUACGCCUCUCUAAGCCAGAAGCACAGCCAACUCACCGCCGAGGUCACCACUCUCCGCACUCAGCUCGACCCAUCCAAGCAGAACGCCAGCGACGAAGACUUCUUCCGCGCCGCCGAACCCAUCAUUGUCGAGUACGAAAAGUCCAUCGACGCGCUCGAGGGUCAGCUCAACCUCACCAAAGCGGCGCUCGGAGUCACCGAGGACGUCGCCAACGACCGCGAAGCGCAGAUCGAAGAGCUCUCGAGUCAGCUCGAAAUCAUCGGCCAAGAGCUCGAAGACAAGGAGAUCACGGUGGCCAAGCUGCAGACUCGCCUCGGCAAGUUGCAAGAGAGUGCUUCCUCUGCCGAGGCCUACGCACGCGAGCUGGAGGCAAGACUCGAGGAAGUGGGCACGCGUGGCGAUACCGACUCUGCGGUGCUGGCCGAGCUGCACAAGGAGGUCGCUCGUCUCAAGGAGAUCCAGACAUCGUCCGAGCAGUACAUUCGCGAUCUCGAAGCCAAGCUCGCUUCUUCGGAAGAGUCUGCAGGCAGUCUCGCUCGAAAGAUGACGCAGAUGGAAGCGGACAUCGAGAAACGCGACGAGGCCUACCGCAACCUCUUGUCCCGCUUCGAGCUGCUCGACAACGGCAAAGAGGCUCAGGCAGCUGCCGCCGAGCUCGAGGCGAAAGCGAGCCAGAUUCAAUCCCUCGAGGCUCACCUCGCAGAUGCCACCGCCAAGCACGCGGUACUCGCCUCACAGUUCGACAGCCUCACUGUCCAGCACGAGCAGCUUUCCAAGGCCAGCGACGGGCACGAGCAGGAGAAGAAGCCGCUGUCACAGCAAAUCAAGGAGCUGCAAGUCGCCGCUGCUGCUGGUCUCGUCGCUGGCGGUGUCGCAGGCGGCGCCCUCGGUGCCACUGCUAAGUCUAGUCAGAAUGGCAAUGGCACUACAGAGCAAGGCGUCGCAGAUCAGUCCGUCAGCGAAUCGUCAAAGGAGCUGGAGGAACGCCUGAACGGCUUGCAAGAGGAGAUGCGGGCCGUGCGCGAUUCGGAAUCGAGCAUCCGAGCCGAGCUGGAGGUCACCAAGCAAAAGUACAAAGAGUCCCUUGCCGAGAUCAACGACCUCAACACGCAGCUCACCGACCUCAAGCUCAACGGCGGCGGUCGAGGCUCGAGCCUCGACAACGACCCGUUGGUGCUCGACAAAGACGCUAGCGACGACGAGCAGCUCGAGGUGCUCGACUCUCAGAACGACGAGAACGAGCCUCCUCAGACGCCCGGACGCAACGGCAACCACCAGCAACGAGGUCUUUCCCAUCGUCGCAGUCUGCUCGUCGACACCACCAAUCGACAGCAACAGACGCCCAGCCCCUCUAAACACCUCACUCGCCGCUCUUCGGGUUCUUUUUUAGGGUACAACAAGAGCGACGGGACGAGGUCCACAGGGAUCUCGCCGCUCGCUCACGGUCGUUCUCGAUCGAUCUCGCAAUCCUCGUCGCUGGACUAUGCAUCGGCCUUGCCAUCACAGCUUUCGCAAAGUAGAGGACCAAGACCGCUCUCGCUGACUGGGUCCGUACCGCCUUCGCCCACGCUCAAGGCUUUCGAGCCCGAUUCGCCGGCGAACUACGAGCGCAAGGUGGCCUCGCUCGAGAAGGAGACGAUGCGUCUGCAGGAGGCGCUCAAAGAGCGCGAUGACGAGCUGCGGGCGCUCGAGACGUCGCUCCGUGGUCAGACGCAGACGGCAGCGUUGUCGACAGAAGAGAAAGUUGGAGCACACGGCGACGGGAAUGACCAAAUACUGCUUGCUCCCGCCCUGCCUGUCAUGGGCAGUGUUGAAGCGGGACCUCUGACGCCGGCUACAGAGAAGGAUCUUCAGGCCAUCCGACAGGUGAUGGCCAAUAGCGCUGCCGGCAGCUCCGGCGCCGACGCAAGCGGAACGCAGAUGCUCGACGACCUGAUGCGAUCCAUGGCUCGCAAGGAGACGCAGCACCGCGAGACCGUCGAAUUCAUGUCGGUGGAGCUCGCCUCGCUCCGAAAGCAGCACGAGACGCUCGAGGCGCUGUCGAAGGAUCAGGUGACCAACAUGUCGCUCGAGAUCGAGGAGUUGCGCGCUCAGCUUGCCGCCGCCAAGCUGAUGCCCCAGGCUAGUGCAAGCAAUCGCAGCCUUGCUGAUGAACUCAAUGAAGUCUCGGCAGCAGAGGGCGGUGAUGCCGCCGCCGAGAUCGAACGACUAAAGCAAGAGCACCUUGCCGCCGUCGAGAGCCUCAAGCAAGAGCACAAGAUCAGUAUGGCUCAGCUGGCGCAGCAGCACGCAGAGAGUCUCGCUGGGAUGCAGACUUUGACCACGACGAGGUCGCUUGCAAACGGCGUGGCUCAACAGGAUGCGCAGGCAAAGGACGGAGCCGCCAUUCAGGCUCACGAUGCACAGAUGCAAGCUCUGCAGGACACCCACUCCGAGGCCCUACAGGCAACGAAGAUGGAGCUCGAAGCGCAGCACCGCUCCACCUUGUCUGCCGCCGUUCAAGAAGCCGAACAAGCAGCCGUGACCAAGCACACUGUCGAGCUGCAAAAGGUUCAGCAGAGCCAUUCCGAGGCCGUCUCGCAGAUGACAGAGCAGCUCAUCGCACUCAAGGCCGAUCACGAGAGCGUGCUGUCGAAGCUCGGGGCAGACCACGCAUCCAAGCUCGAUCGAACCUUGCUGGACCUGCAAAUUGCCACCAGCGACCGAGACGAGACGCGCCGGGCCUACGAAGAGCUGCACGCGAGCUAUCAGGACCUGCUCGCCAAAAUGGACAUCGACCCGCACGAGGUGGAAACACUGCGUGCCGAGUUGAAUGACACGAGCGAUGCUCUGGUCACGCUGGAAGCCGCGCUCACCGAAGUGCAGGAGGAACGCGACUCGCUGCUCCUCGAGAUCGAAACGACGCGGCAAGAGUCGGAGAUCCAGCAGCAGGAUGCUUCUGUCGCAUCGAGUGGAAGUGUCGUGCGCGAUUCGACUGCACUUGUUCCAGCCGACGCGGCGCUGAAGCGAGAGCUCGAGUCACACAAGUCGACGCUAUCCAAGACGCGAGGCGAGAUGACCAAGCUCAAAGCUGAGUUGCAAGCCGCACGCGACGACUGCGCGCGCCACGAACAGUCGGUCAAGGAUCUGCAGCUGCGUUUGGCGACGUCAGAGACGAGAUCGGUGCGCUCGCAGGGCAGCGACAGCUUCGGACAGCAGAGCCAGAGCGAGCAGCAGGAUGCUCUCACAGCGGCAUCGCGCACCUCGCUCACAAACGGAAGCCGCUCGCCUCUGGGUAACCGGCGUACGUCGGACUUUGAGCCCAACGGCUCUUUCGAUUUGCGGAAUCAUCGUCCCAGCGUCGCCUCCGUCAAGCCUCCACCGCCGACGCCUCCGCCCAACAUGACGCUUCCACCCACGCCGACUGCAGUUCCAACGCCUCUUGCCCGCACGUCUGCCGGUGUCCGUACCUCGACCUCAUCGGCCAUGACGCGUCCCGACUCGCCAGGCAACGCGGGUGCAGGCAUGACUCGCUCCUCCUCGCUGACAUCUGAUCACUCGCCUGCCGGCCACGCGAGCAACGCUAGCAGCAAUGGUGUCGACGUCAAACUCUCGCGACUGCUAUCUGAACAGGCGGAAGAGAUCAAGACGCUCGCCAAGCAGCUCAACCACUGCGAGGCCGACCUGCAAGCCAACAUCGACCUGGUCGCCACGCUCGAGGCAGCGCUCAACGACAGCGAGCGCAACCUGCGGAAGAGCCGGGUGCAGCUGGCCGAGGUGACGCGCGAAAGGGAGCGCUACUCGGCGGAAGCGAGCGCGAUGCGUGCGCAGCUCAACUCGGCGCAGUCGGAGGUGGAGAAUGUGCGCAACAGCGUGCUGCUGGAGAAGCAGGGGUACGAGAGCAAGAUCGAGGAGGAGAGGCAGGCGAAGGAGCGAGCGAGAAAGGCGCUCGAGGCGAGGCUGGAGGAGGUGAGCAAGCGCAAGAGCAGCAAGCUGUUCUGUCUGUGA